CACAGUGGAUCACCGAUCCACGGAAAGAGCCAAAGAUGUCGGCUCGGUCAUGUGAUCAGCUGUGUCCAAUUACAGCUGAUCACAUGGGACAUGUACACAGAUCAUCAGAGCACUGAUCAUCAGUGUGCCCUGAUGAUCUGUGUAGCCCCAGCAGCGCCACUGUCAGUGUCCGUCAGUGCCAGCUGUCAGUGCUCAUCCAUGCCACCUGCCAGUGCCCAUCAGUGCCACAUCAAUGCUACAUAUCAGUGCCCAUCUGAGCUGCCAUUCAGUGUCACCCAUCAGUGCCAGUCAGUGCCACCUAUCAAUGCCAGUCAGUGCCUCCUAUCAGUGCCAUAUGAG